AUGGCUCUGGAAGUUGUGGGUGGAGCUUUUCUCUCUUCUUCUCUUGCUGUUCUGUUUGAUAGGAUGGCUUCCCGUCCAGUUGUUGCCUUCAUCCGAGGAAAGAAGACCGCCGCUGUGCUGCUCCAGAAGUUGAAGAUGAAGUUGUUGUCGGUUAAUAAGUUGCUUGAUGAUGCAGAGGAGAAGCAACUCAGAAACUCUAGAGUCAGGGAUUGGCUUAAUGAGCUUAAAGAUGUUCUCUAUCAUGCCGAUGACCUUUUGGAUGAAAUCAAGACUGAAGCUCUGCGUUGCAAGAUGGAAGGAGAGGAUUCUGGAAGCAGCCGCACAAAUCAGGUACUGGAGAUACUGGACAUUCUUGACAGAUUAGAACUUAUUGUCAACGAAAAAGAUGUGCUUGAUUUGAAAGAGGGUGUUAAAGAUAGACCACAAGGAAGACUGCCCACAACUUCUUUGGUAGAAGAGUCUAGUGUAUAUGGAAGGGAUGAAGAAAAGGAGGCCAUUAUCAAGUUAUUGUUAGCGGAUGGUGUGACUGGAAAUAAGAUAGAUGUGCUUCCAAUUGUGGGCAUGGGUGGGCUUGGAAAGACCACUCUUGCUCAACUCGUAUACAACGAUGACAGAGUCAAGCAACAUUUUGUCCAUCAAUCGUGGUCUUGUGUUUCAGUAGAAUUUGAGGUUAUCAAAAUAACAGAGACACUUUAUGGGGCGGUCACUUCACAAACUUGUAAUAAUAAUAUCACAGACCUAAACACGCUUCAAGUUAAACUAAAGGAGACGUUGUCAGGGAAGAAAUUUCUCUUUGUUCUUGAUGAUGUUUGGACUGUGACUAAUGACGAGUGGGAUCUCUUAAGCCGACCCUUUGAGAGUGGUGGUCAUGGAAGUAAGAUCAUUGUCACAACACGUCAUGAAGAUGUUGCAGGCAUUAUAGGUACGCUUCAAAGUCAACAUCUAAUGCAACUAUCUGAGGAAAACUGCUGGUCGUUGUUCUCAAAACAUGCCUUCAAGAAUGCAGGUGUUACUGCAGAUCUGUCGCUUGAAUUGAUUGGAAAACAGAUUGGUCAAAAGUGUAAAGGACUCCCUUUAGCUGCAAAAUCACUUGGGGGUCUUUUACGUUCUGAACCAAAUAUUGAGAAAUGGGAAGAAGUGUUGAACAAUGACAUAUGGGAGUUGCUAGAUAAAAAGAAUGGCAUUUUGCCAGCUCUAUGGUUGAGCUAG